UCGUAUGACGACAUUCUACAUCCGCUUUCCGAGUGGUCUUGGCGCGAGCGAGAUCUGUUGAGUUUCUGGACUGCAGACUGGAAACCCGCAUUAUAUUGAUGGAAGAGCUCUUAACUUUAUAUGCGACAAGUUGCUGUAGACACCCGCAGAGUAUCAGUAUUUAAACGAUUAGAAUGAAUUGCGAGAUUUUGGCAACGUGUAGCGCUCUGGGCUACCUGGAGGGAGACACCUACCACAAGGAAGCCGAUUGCUUAGAGAGUGUGAAAGACUUGAUCAGGUAUUUACGCCACGAAGAUGACUCCCGUGAUGUCCGCCAGCAACUUGGUGCAAGCCAGAUUGUACAGAAUGACCUCCUGCCUAUUAUCAUUCAGCAUGGACAAGAUAGGACCUUAUUCGACGCCUGCAUCAGACUCAUGGUCAACCUCACUCAGCCUGCCAUGCUUUGCUUUGGUAAAGUUCCCGAUGAUCCUGUGUUCAGACAUCACUUUUUGCAAGUGACAUCUCAUUUACAAGCAUAUAAAGAGGCAUUUGCCACUGAGAGGGUGUUUGGCAUUUUAAGCGAGACAUUAUACAGCCUCCUGCAAUUGGACUGGGAGCAGAGACAGGAGGAGGAUAACCUCUUGAUAGAGAGGAUCUUGCUGCUGGUCAGGAAUGUGCUUCAUGUACCUGCGGACCCCUGUGAAGAGAAGAAAGUGGAUGAUGAUGCCAGCAUCCACGACAGACUGCUGUGGGCACUUCACAUGAGUGGCUUUGAUGACCUGGUCAAGUUCCUGGCUUCGGCCCAGAGUGAGCAGCAGUGGAGUAUGCAUGUGUUGGAAAUAAUCUCCCUCAUGUUCAGAGACCAGACACCCGAGGCCUUGGUGAGCGCCGGUCACGCUCGCUCAGCAGAAGAGAAGCAGAGGGACUCUCAGGAGCUGGAGGCACUGAGGCAGAAGGAACAUGCAGCUAAACGUUCUCGCACAUUUCAAAGAGGAACCAGACACUCUCGCUUUGGAGGGUCCUUUGUUGUUCAAGGCCUCAAGGCAAUUGGGGAGAAAGAUGUGAUUUAUCACAGAAAUCUCCAUAGUUUCAAAAAUUAUACUCAUGACACAGGAAAAGCAGUGAGACGUGUUCCGAAGAGGAAUCGACAGGCUCAGGAAUGUAAGGACAAACGACGUUCGGCCCUAAAUGUUCGACUCUUCUUGCGCGAGUUUUGCGUGGACUUCCUGGAAAACUGCUACAAUCGGCUGAUGUACCUUGUCAAGGAAAGUCUCAUUCGAGAGCAAACUCAGCAACAUGACGAGACGUACUACCUCUGGGCGCUAAGCUUUUUCAUGGCUUUCAACCGUGGCAAUGGUUUCCGCGCUGACUUAGUUUCUGAGACCAUGUCCAUCCGCGCUUUCCAUUUCAUUGAGCGCAACGUCACCAACUACUAUGAGAUGAUUCUCACAGACCGCAAAGAAGCCACAUCCUGGUCACGCAGAAUGCACCUGGCACUAAAGGCAUAUCAGGAACUGCUGCUAACUGUGAACGAGAUGGACCGCUCACCGGAUGAAAGCAUCCGUCAGAGUUCCAACAUUAUUAAAAGUAACAUAUUUUACCUGAUGGAAUACAGGGAGAUUUUUCUGACCUUGCUGAGAAAGUAUGAUGAAACCAAACAGCCUCACUCCUACCUCAUUGACUUGGUGGAGUCAACUCAUCUCUUUUUGCGCAUGUUGGAACGCUUCUGCAAAGGUCGCAGAAACUUGAUGGUGCAGAAGAAGAAGGUGAAGCGGAAAAGGUCUCAAGGUGAAAAAAGACCUUCAGCUGUUGAAACUAGUUCAGAGGCCCUGGCAGAAACCUGGAAGGUUGUUGAGGAAGAGCUUAGGGCUACAGGGUUUCAGCUGUCAGAGUCUCUGACUGAGAGCAUCGUGCCAUUCGACGCCACAUCUGAAAUUCCUCUUGAGGAGCAGCGGACCGAGGCGAUGGUGCGGGUGCAGGAUGCCCUGCUGGUUCGAAUGGGACCAGAAGCGCUGGGACUGCUUCGUGCUGCCAGGGAGGUGUGGCCAGAGGGGGAUGUGUUUGGUUCAGCUGAUGUGGAACCUGAAGAGGAACUGGAACUCCUUAAGCAGAUCCUGCACGCCAACCUGCCAAGGUCAUCACCUCCUGAGCCUGUGGUGGAGGAUGAGGAAGAUGCAGAUGAGUUAGAAGAGGAAGAGUUGGAGUCUGUCCAGGUUUCUGAAAGAGAGUUCAACUUUCUAGACUUCAUCAAGAGGUUUGCCAACCCCAGUAUCGUGCGUCCCUACCUCCUCUUAUUAAAAUCAUACUCUAAAAACACACCUCACACCAACCACUGCAUUGUAAAAAUGCUCCACCGCUUGGCUGUCAACCUCAAAAUGGACGCCCUGUUUUUCCAGCUGUCUGUCUUCAGUGUUUUCCACAAGAUCCUGAGCGACCCUGCUGCAGCUGCUUACACGGAGCUGGUGACCUUUGCCAAAUAUGUGCUGAACCAUUUCUUUUCAGUGGCAGCACAAAACAACAAGGCGUAUGUGGAGCUGCUGUUCUGGAAAAAUGUCGGGGCUGUACGUGAGAUGACUGAGGGCUACAGGAAAGAUGGCGAGGGAAAGAAACCAGCGUGGACCGAAGAAGAGGAAGAAGAGUUGCGCAAGCUCUAUGAGGAGCAUCGUGAUACUGAAGUGCCAGAUAUCGUGGAGACUCUGCUUCCAUUGCUAAGCAAUAGCAGCCGCACUCGGCGCCAGGUAGUGACGCAGCUGGUACACAUGGGCCUGGUGGACAAUGCUAAGGAACUGAAGAAACCGAAGAAAGGUACCCGGAUUGUUCUUUGGACUGAGGAGCAGGAGCAGGAGCUGGAGAUGCUCUACGAGGAGUACAAAGACUCUGAUGAUGUGUUGGGAAAUAUCAUGAAGAAGCUCACGGCCAAACGCUCACGUGCACGUGUGGUGGACAAGUUGCUCAGUAUGGGGUUGGUGUCUGAGAGGCGAGAGCUUUACAAGAAGAGGAGUCGCAGCGCUAAAGAGAAGAACUCUGGACACGCAAUGACUGAAGAAGAGUUUCUAGAAGGCCUGACACAAGGUUUCCCAGAUGAUCCCGUGGACAGAGAUGAUGAAGAUGAAGAAGAAGAUGAGUCUGAAGAGAGUGAGGAAGAGGAAGACGAAGAGCAAGAAAGGAAGAAAUCACAAAAUGGAGGAAGGAGGAGCCAAAACCUGAGCUCCCCAGUAGAGAGAGCUGAUGUAGGCUCCAUGGUGUGUGCUCUACAACAGGAAGGCAUGUCUGGGCCCAUGUUGUGGCUACAGAAUUGUCUGAAUAGAACCGCAGAGGACCGUGAAGAAGAUGGUUUCUCCCAGGCGGUGCCACUUGUUCCUCUGACGGAGGCAAAUGAGGAAGCUAUGGAAAACAAGAGCUUCCGGAAACUGUUGCGUAAACUGGGAAUGCGAGCACCUGCAAAUGAACAGGAGACAUUUUGGAGGAUCCCAGCAAAGAUCAGCGCAUCCCAGCUCCGGAGUGCAGCUGCAGCUCUCAGUCCAACAGAGGAAGAACCUAAAGGAGGUGAUGAGCAAAAUGGCACUAUGAGUCUAACCGGCGAAUCCAAGGAAGAGGAGGAGGAUGAGGGGGAGGAGGUCUCAGGUGAACAGAGAGCUCAAGCUCUGAGAGCUCUGCUGCUUGCACGCAAGAGGAAACAACACACCUCGGGGCAUACAGCUCCCGUGUCAGAUUUCUCUCCUGUUGAGGAUGCAGACAGUGCAACUGAGAGGUCCCAAGAGAAGACCUCAACCAAAAGAAACAGAAGCAGAGUGCUGGACGAUGAUGAGGAGAAUGAGGAUUCCAACACUGCAGUGGAUAUGGCUACCAACGGUGAUGCAGAUUCAGACAGAGAGGAUAUCUCCGCUCCUAUGAAGCGUAGACGGAAGAUGCUCUUAAUUGACGAAGAGGAAGAUGAGGAUUAGUGUCUUUCUUUAAUGGACUGUAACAAUAAAUAAAACCCUGCACAUAAGGGAGACAUAAAAGUCCCUCACUUUGCUCAGAGGUGAAUGCAGCCCCCUGGAGGUCUGCAGUCCAGCGGUGGAAACUAUUAAUGGAAUACCAAACAACCCAAGCAAAAUAGGCCCUCAGAUCCGCCCCUAUGGAUAUGUAGAUCCUGUUAACUUUGUCAUCGUUUUUGUAAGCUUAAUUGGUGCCUUUAUAUCCAGAGAAGUUAUGCCAGUCUUGUUGUGAGUUGUUCUUUUUCUCUUAGCGUUCUCAGCAUCAUACAGAUACAGAAGAGUUUUGUAUCACCAAACUUUAUAAAUCAAAUGUUUCUAAAUCAAUAAUUUCAUCACUUCUGUGAAAGCUGUUUGUUAAUUGUGUCACUGUUCUGAUAAAGUUCCAUUUGAACCGGAAUGAAAUUCAUGUCUACUUAUUCAUUAAAAAGCACUCUUGUCAAAA